CAGCACCGUUGCGACACAAUAGCGUGACAAGUCAUGUCAUUUUCUCUCAUGAUAUAUGAAAAAAUCCAAUGGCAGAUUCUUUUUUCGGGUUCGAUACUUCGUUAUCGAACUUAAAUGACGAUGAAGGCGGAGGAGAGCCAUCAGAGGAUGAGUACGAUGCUCUCAACGAUGAGACCUUUGGACAAGACUCGGAUGAGUUUGAUUGGGAGGUGGAACAUGAACAUCUUGCAGAACAGCUCGAAAGUAGCCGUAGAUAUGCAGCCCUUGAGGAUGCUGAUUCUCGCCUUGAGGCAUCGCUGUCCCAGCUAGUCUUUGAUGAAACAGAUGCACCCCUUUCACGCAGCCUUGGCUCCAGUGUAUGGAGACAUGAUCCACCUUUGUCAACUCCAACUGUACCAACGCCAGGACCGACGCUCAAGAAUGUCUGUACGGUUGAAGAGUUGGAAAGACAGCUGCGGCAAAACCACAUCCCGCAAAACUUUACACAGAACUACUUCCAGCCUAGAUUCCCGGUCAUUCUUCAACGACCGCCCGGACUUCAAGGACCGGUACCUCCCCCAUUUGCGCCGGUACCGACACAGCAACAGACAAACAUGGCACCCAUUAGCCAACCGCAUAGUAAAAUAAUUGGCCCAAACACGCAGAUGGGACAAACAAACCCCAUGAUGAACCACAUGACGCCUAACAUCAACCAAAUCGGGCCAAAUAUGAGCCAUUUAAAUCAAAACGUUAAUCAGAUGGGUCAAAACGUUAAUCAAAUGGGUCAAAAUAUGAACCAAAUGGGACCAACUAUAAACCAAAUGAGUCAAAACAUGGGCCAAAUGGGUCAAGGUGUCAACCAGUUGGGCCAGAAUAUGGGGAAUCAGAUGGGACAAAAUAUGAACCCAAUGGGACAGAACUUAAACCAAAUGGGACAGAACCAAAUGGGCCACAAUCAGUUCAUGCAAAAUUCAAACCAAAUGCCAUUUCAGAACAAUAUGGGACAGGGAAUGAUGAAUCAGAUGCAGACUAUGCAUCAGAUAGGUCAGAACAGUGUUAUGCAAAACCAGAUGAAUCAAAGUAUGAACCAAAUGGGACAUAACAUGAACCAGAUGGCUCCGAAUGUGAACCAGAUGACCUCAAACAAAAUGUCUUCCAAUAUGAACCAGAUUGGACAAAAUGUCAACCAAAUCAGGCCUAAUAUGAACCAAGUUGGUAAAAAUAUGGGACAAAAUCAGUUGAUCCCAAAUGGUAAUCAGUUUGGUAUGAACCAGUUUUCUCAUAAUAUGAUGGCUCAACCAAGGAUGAUGCCCCCUCCGGGAAUGGGUAUGCCAAGGCAGAGUUUUAGUCCAAAUAUGAAUCAGUUUAACCAGAAUUUUCGUGGGCCAUCAAUACCACCAAAAAAUGAGCAACCGAUGUUACAACCUAACAUGAUGAACCACCCGAUUAAACAAAUCAACCAGAUGAACCAAACCAAUCAAGUGAACCAAAAUAUGAAUCAACACAUCAAACCGAUUCUAAACCAAUCGCCACCAAAUAAGGCACAAAAUUUGAAUCAAACUCUACAGAACAUGAAUCAUCAAAAUGUUCAGAACUUUAGCAAACAGGCCCAAAAUUUAAACCAUUCAGGUCAAAGUUUGAACCAGCAGGGCCAGAAUUUGAACCAUAUGGGUCAAAAUUUGAACCAGCAGGGCCAGAAUUCGAACCUACCGAAAAUAAAGAGCCGAGUUUAUAACAACCAGAAUUUAACAUCACAGAAUUUGGUUCAGUUAAUACAGAAUACACAUCCAAUGUUGCAGUUUAACAAUAGUUUUCACAAUGCGAGCCACCACCCUAUAUUGAAUAAUCGGUUAAAUAAUCAGAUGGUGAAUAACCACCCAAUGUUCAAUAGACAAAAUGGUGCCUUUGGAAAUUCAAAUAGACUAUCAAACAGCGAUGACAGUGCAAGUGAGUCAGAUGACCCCUACGGAGGGUUAAUGACCCAGCGGGAAAAACAAUGGCUUAUAAACAUACAGAUGUUGCAGCUCAAUACAGGAACACCCUAUAUACAUGACUUCUAUUACACGGUGUUUUUAGAGCGGCAGGCGAACAAGGAAAAAGCGGGUGUCAAGGAAGCCCACAAGGCGAAUCAGCAGAAUCAUCCCUUCUAUUCUGGAGCAGUGAAACAAGAGUCAGAGACCCACAGGCACAACCGCGAGAGACACAAUUCACACCGACACAACUCGACGAGUGAAGACCCGCCUAGGACAUACGUUCCUACGCAGUUCGAAAACUCACUUGGGAAGUUGCAGUGCGGCAGCGUGACCGCGCCUCGGAAGAUAAUCGACGUGGAGUUGGUGGCGGAACCGGCUGCAGACCGAGCUUCUCGCGCCCCCAGCGUCUGCAGCACUACUACUCCCGCCGAGAUACCGCGUGAAAUGAAACGGACGAAGCAAAUGUUGCUGGACAUUGAGGCGUUGUACCUCAUUCUACUGAGGCUGGAAGAACUAAAUGAUCCACUGGCGAUAUCCAACGCGCUUAUAUUGAAGGAAAGAGAAGAAAAACAGAGGUUGCUGGAGGCAGCGCAGAAAGAGGCCGAGAAUGAGCCAGAGGAAGACUCCAACUCGUUCCUCAAAACCAUUGAGUCUGUGCAGAGGAGGCCCAAGCAGGACAGCCCUAAGAGCGAGUGUAUAGAUAAAAGACAAGUAGUUAAUCUAGCGGUGAGUCAGAAACCUGUCCCUGUGAAGAAUCUUUUAGACGAAGACAAGGAUGAGAUACUUAACAAGAUGUUUGCAGGACUGCUGUUCGGAGAUAGAGUCCCGCAGAUGAUGACUGUUAGGAAAGGCAGGGUGCUUCUGUCUCGCUUCCUGCAGCGGGUGCCCGCGACGCAUGCGCGCUUGCGUGCGCUGUGGUCGCGCAUCCUGCGAGCACUGCCCUCCGCCUCGCGCAGGGACGACGGCGGUCUCGCAGCGCUAUCACCGCAUUAUCGCAAAUACAUGCACAACACGACGGGCUGGUCUGCUGUGAUCGAGUCCUGCAGCCACCUGUCAGAGGCCUUGGACCCUGCCCGUACGCCCCACGCGCUCACGUCAGCGUUAACGCUGAGCUGUGUCUGUGCACUCAUGGAGAGGGCUAUUCUACUCGUCAACACGCCUGAUGCUACGGCCAACGAGAGGCAGUGGUACAAAUUCCUCAAGACCCUGGCCCGCGCGCUCAAAAACACUUCCCUCACCGUCGCCAGGCCUACACACCCUCUGCCCGAACCAAAAGUUAUGCACCACAUAAAACAACUCGAGUCCAGGACCACGAUAGAAAUCCUACAGCGUGGUAAGGCGGCCGACUUUGACUUGACAAAGAAUGACGUAUCCGAACAGUUGGUCAAACAUUUGUGUUGAUAUCUGCUGAAAUUGGACGAAUGUUUGUCUUGUCGAGCCAAACGUUUAUAUAUGUUAUUAAAUGUUCGCAAAAUGAAUUUGGUGUAAUAUAUGGUUGAACUUGACCAAACGUUGUAAGGGAAUAGUCGUGUUGGAGUAUUUUGGUAAUAGAAUGCGAUGGAAAGUAUUUAUGUGAGUUAUAAUUAUUAUUGAAUAUAGGAAUGUUUUUACUUUCUUAGGAAAUUUAAAAGGGCAGCUCUAAAAGGUUAUUUUUUGUAAAUAAGGAAGUUGGUAAUUUGCCGGGUUAACAAGUUCAUCGAUUAUAUUGAUCUGGGAAAUAAAUUGACUAAUGCAGUAAAGAAGAAACGGUUUUAGAAGUUGAUGUAUUAUAUCUUAACAUGAGAUAUAAUUUAUAAGAACAACAAAAUAUGAUAAUUUACAAUAAUUUAUUAAUAAAUUAUUUUUGCAAUAAACUUGUAUCAAAAGCUCUAGUUUAUUUUCUAAUUAAGUAAGAUAUUUGUUAAUAGGAAAAUACUAAUUGUAAUAGAUUUGUACCUUUAAUCGAAUUUAUAAUCGCUAUGAUCCCAGCAAAUACUAUCAAAUGAGUUGUCUCAACAAGUUAUAAACAGCUUUUGAGUUAGCUCUUUGUGCAUUAUGGGAUACAACUUAACUAAACCAUUAUGUCAAAUAGAAAAAAGAAUAUACAUGUAAUAGGGGUGCAAUCCCAGAAACCAAAAUUAUCCAUCGCGACCAAUUCUAAAAAAAGGAUACCGUCGUAAAAAUAGGUUUAAAAAUAAAUGAAACGAUCUAAUACAGGCCGUAAGUUAAAAUUUCACCGAUUACGUUUGAUUAAAUAGGUAUUAUAUAUAUUUGUAAAAAAAAAUUAGGCCGAAAUUUUAAUUCUUACGGCCGAUUUGUAAAAAUGUAGAUAAAAUCGACAGGGCUUAUGGGCUUAUCUAUUUGAAACCUUAUAGCCUUAACUUUCAAAGUUCAAAAUUGAAUGACGAGAAUUUUUAAUUUGAUCACGCCGAAUUAUGGAAGCACUUCAAAAUAUCACAAAGUUCCUGAAUACUGAAAUGCAUGUUAUUUGUUUUGUGUAUUUUAAACUUAUAUGCCCUUAACAAUUAAUUUGCGUUCCAGUAUACGGCCGCAAGAGUGUUUAUUAUUUUUUUAACUAUUACUUAAUUACUAAGUAGU